GGCAAUUAAAUCAAAUCAAGUCUCCUUUCUUGCCCUUCAACUCCGUCUUCUCAAAGUCGCUUUGCAAAGUUGAAGUUCCCUUUACCUUCGUAAACCCUCCUUGGAACCUUCAAAAUCUUCCACUUUCAUAUUUCCCUGAACGUAUAAAUACCCCAAAAAUUUUCCCAGUAACCGAACACGUCCUCAACUUUGUGCUACCAAUAGGUCUCGUCUGCUCGCCAAAGCCACGUCGCAGCGUAUUAAACCCCAGAAGCACACUGAAACGACGACACCUGCGGAGUAAGGAGAAGGACAUGGAGAGCAGCAACAGCGAUAGUAGCAGUAAUAGGGUGCCGCUGUCGGAGGUAGUGUCGGAGUGCGUGAAGCGGUGGUUCAAGGACACGCUCAAGGAAGCCAAGGCUGGUGAUAUCAACAUGCAGAUCUUGGUGGGUCAGAUGUAUUACAGCGGUUAUGGCGUUCCCAGAGAUGCCCAGAAGGGAAGAGUUUGGAUGACAAGGGCAUCCAGAAAUCGGUCUUCGGUUUGGAAAGUUAGUGAUAAGCAUCCAGGUUAUAAUGCGAGUGAUUCAGAUUCAGAUGAAUUGAACGGUGAUUCUUAAGUAGACCCUAUCAGCCUCCAUGUCCAAAACAAUUAAAUGACCUGCAUGUAGUUGUGCUAUUCUUCGCACAUCUUGAAUGUGCAUGUCCAGAUUUUGUACUUUUUCCUGUUUAGUUGUUUUCCUUUCGAAUAUUUCCUAAUAUUGUACUGUACAAUUGUUUAUGAUCAUCAAAAAGAAUAAUUUGUUCAUUGCGCAUUCAUGGGCAAGAAUACUUUGAGGUUUUAAGUUGGAAUUAGGAAAUGAAUGCUGAUAUUGGUUUCCUUUUC